AUGGAUUCUCUCAUUGAAAAACUUGAUAAACUCGUCUUGGACGCUGACUUCGCGCCGUUCUUAGCUGUCCUUAAAGGCGCUCGGAAUGGAGCCGUCUACGGUGCCAAAAUACGAUUUCCUCAUGCUUUGGUGAUGAUAUUUCUUUUCCGUUCAGGAAGUAUACGAGAGAAAGCAUGGCUCGUAUUCAAAGCCACAAGACAACAUGCACGGAACCUUUCACUAUUUGCAACUAUCUACAAAUCCACCAUGAUCGCUCUUAAAUAUAUAGGACCAAAUGGUUGGGGUAAGGAAGGCCCAUACGAUACAUUUGUCGCCGGGCUUCUGGGGGGUUAUCUCGUUUUUGGCAAAUCGCGGGGGAGCGUCAGCAAACAGAUUGUGAUAUACAUUUUCGCUCGUGUGAUGCUUGCAAUAGCGAAGAUAUCUGUUGAACCCGGAACACAUAGGCUGUCGCAUCUUAUAACCCCAGAAGCCAGGGAUAAAAUAUACGCCAAUGCAUGGCCAGCCUUUGCCAGCCUCAGCUGGGCGUUCGUCAUGUACAUAUUCCGUUGGCACCCAGCAGCUAUCCAGUCAAGUUUACGGAGUAGCAUGACCUACAUCUAUGCGGACUCGGAUCACUGGGAUUCGCUAAGAACUCUGUUAAUACACAAUAAAUGA